AUACAAGGAAAGUACCAUAUAUGACCAUCUCCUACAAAAGAAAGUGCUACCUUUGCAAAUUAGCACAUUUUUCUCUACAUAUUGCAAGUCAUCUCAAGGACACCACACAUAUUUAAGUUUUGGUACGCCAUGGUUCUGGAUCUGCAUUUGCUCCAUGGGAUGCUUUGGGUCACCAUCUUUGAGAUUAAUAAGCUGCAUACUAAAUCUGGAUGGCGGUUUAAUUUAUUUGACAAGGCUGUUGCUCCAGAAAAGAAAGAGAAUAAAUUUUUAUCACAAGUCAAGAGAUUGGUGCUUCGUCAGCCUGAGAAUGUUGGUUCCAGACUCUAUGCAACUGUUGAGUUAGAUAGGGCUAGGGUUGCAAGGACCAGAAUGAUAACAAAUGAACACUCCCAUCCUCGUUGGAAUGAGUCCUUUCGCAUCUACUGUGCUCAUAAGAUUUCUAAUGUUGUAUUCACAAUCAAAGAUGGUAAUCCAAUUGGGGAAACAUUAAUUGGAAGAGCUUAUUUGCCUGUCAAGGACAUUAUAUUUGGGCAUGAGGUGGAUAGACUUCUUGACAUAGUAGACGAAGAAAAUCACCCAAUAUAUAGAAGUCCUAAAAUCCGUGUCAAUUUGAAAUUUUUUGAUGCCACUAAGGACAGUAAUUGGUCUCAGGGAAUCAAAACUCCUUCAUUUGGGGGAGUCCCUUAUACAUUCUUCAUGCAGAGAGAAGGUUGCAAAGUUACACUAUAUCAAGAUGCCCAUGUCCCAGAUUUGAUUACCCCCCAAUUCAAUCUUUCCGAAGACAAAAUUUAUGAGCCUCACAGAUGUUGGGAGGAUAUCUUUGACGCAGUCACUAAUGCAAGACACUUGAUUUACAUUACAGGUUGGUCUAAAUAUACUAAGAUCUCUUUGAUAAGAGACCCGAAGAGGCCAAGACCACAAGGAAACAUUACUCUAGGUGAUUUGCUUAAGAAAAAAGCAGAUGAAGGUGUGAGAGUUCUUAUGCUUGUCUGGGACGACAGAACUUCAGUUAAGGCAUUGAGGGCAGAUGGUUUGGUGGCAACCAACAAUCAAGAAAUAGUAUAUGAAUUUCGAAACUCAAGGGUACAAUGUUUUUUAUGCCCACGUGAUUCUAAUGAUGCAAGUAUUGUCCAGGGGUUUCAAAUUAAAAGCAUGUUUACUCACCAUCAGAAGACAAUAGUGGUGGACAGCGAAAUGCCCGAGGACGAUUCACAAAAGAGGAGGAUUGUCAGUUUUGUUGGCGGCAUUGAUCUUUGUGAUGGGCGGUACGAUACUCCAGAUCAUUCCUUGUUUAAGACUCUGGACAAUAUCCAUAACCAUGAUUUCCAUCAACCUAACUUUAGAGGCUCGUCAAUCAGAAAAGGCGGUCCAAGGGAGCCCUGGCAUGACAUUCAUUGCAAGCUUGAAGGGCCUGUUGCUUUGGAUGUCCUGUACAACUUUGAGCAAAGAUGGAAAAAACAAGUUGGGAAUAAAUUCCUUCUCACAUUCAAUGAGCUUGAUAGAAUCAUUACCCGGCCACCGACUCCAAUUACAUCAACACAUGAUCCUGAAACAUGGAAUGUUCAAAUAUUUAGAUCAAUCGACAGUGCUGCUGUUGAGGGCUUUCCUUAUGAAAACCACAAAAAAGCAGCCAAAGAUCACGAGGAAGCAUCUGCAAUACAUAAGGAAGCAACAGAAAUAGGCCUGGUUACUGAAAUGGGUAACACCAUUGACCGAAGCAUUCAAGAUGCCUAUAUCGAUGCUAUUCGACGAGCAAAGAAUUUUAUUUACAUUGAAAGUCAGUACUUCAUAGGAAGCUCAUAUGGCUGGAAUUCCAAGGAUAUCAAGGAUGCAGACAUUGGUGCAUUGCAUCUUAUACCGAAUGAGCUCUCACUUAAGAUUGUUAGCAAGAUUAAAGCAGGAGAGAGGUUUACUGUCUAUGUGGUAAUUCCAAUGUGGCCAGAAGGCAUACCUGAGAGUGCUUCUAUUCAAGCAAUAUUAGAUUGGCAAAGGAGGACAAUGGAGAUGAUGUAUACUGACAUUUAUGAUGCCCUUCGUGCUAAGGGAAUGAAUGAAAAUCUUAGAGAUUAUUUGACAUUUUUCUGCCUUGGCAAUCGAGAGGCUCAAACGGAAGAUGAAUAUGUGCCUAUAGAGAAACCAGAUCCCGACACUAAUUAUCAUAGAGCUCAGCUUGCUCGGCGCUUCAUGAUCUAUGUCCAUGCGAACAUGAUGAUUGUUGAUGAUGAAUAUAUAAUAAUUGGAUCUGCAAACAUCAACCAGAAAUCAAUGGAUGGUGCAAGGGAUACCGAGAUUGCAAUGGGAGGCUAUCAACCACAUCAUUUAUCAACAAACAAGCCGGCCAGGGGAGAAAUAUAUGGUUUUAGAAUGGCAUUGUGGUACGAACACCUUAAAAUGCUAGACGAUGCCUUUCGUCACCCAGAAAUUUUGGAAUGUGUUACGGCAAUAAAUACAUUGGCUGAUCGAAAUUUGAAAAACUACAUGAGCGAUGAUUUCCAGGAUGACCUUCCUUGUCACCUCCUCAAGUACCCUAUUGAGAUCUCCGACAAUGGAAACAUAACUACAUUGCAAGGAUUUGAGUUCUUCCCAGACACCAAAGCUCGUGUCCUCGGCAACAAAUCUAAAUACCUUUCUCCAUUUCUCACUACCUAAUAUCAAUGUUGUCCUAAGUUUGUGUAAAUUAUUAUGUUAGAGAACUUUGCUUACUUAAAUCACAAGUAUCUAUGUAAAUUAAGACAUGAAUAUAAAUAAAAUUAAUUAAAAUGUGCGCUUAUAGCACAACUGCUAAAAUAAUAGGAAUGACUAAGAUCCUUUUGUCUU